CCACACCUUGUGGAUUUUGAUGAAUAAAAGCUCUACCUAGUAGAUAUUUCGCCGCCCCAAACCCUACACAGCCACCGCCACGCGCAACGCCGCCCUCCAGCAACCGCCGGCCGGAAGAUCCUCUUCGGUUCUCUCCUUGUCCACAACCACCAUCAAUUCUGUUACUAGAGAACACCAAAAGGUCAAAACCCUAGCCGCCUCCCUAGAACUCUCGCAGCACCAUGUCGACAUCCACUAGCGGCGGCGGAUCGCUCUCGCCCCAGGCGGCUGCAGCGCUCCAGGAGGGCAUCGGGCUGGUGUUCGGGCGGUGGACGGCGCUGCAGAUGGCUGUGGAGAACAAGUGGGGCGGCCCCGACUCCCGCGCCAAGGCCGACCAGCUCCUCGUGUAAUUAUGUCCUACACGACGGAAGUCCGUGCGGGAUCCGGUAGUAAAGGUGUCUCUCGGACCAAUUUUAAGCCAGCCUCGCGAUGUUCCUCUUGUCGGGGUUUCGGGGCUGAACUCGCUGAACUCGCUGAUAGGAAGAUGGCUCCUUCGAUCUGUAGGCGCUGUUCGAUUCGGAUAGUUCUAUAGAGGAUUUACGUUGCUUGGUUCUGUGCCAGUUUGGGUUCAGAAUUUCACAACUCCAAAGUAUUGGACGAAACAAUUCAAUUAGGCCCAUAUUAUUAUGAGGACUUGGAGGAUAUGAUGUUUGACAACAUAUAUAAAUCCCUCAAUUCUAACUUUGCGGAUGGUAGCAUUGGGGAGGUUGCUGAACAAUUUUUGAUAAUGCAUGAAGAAUGCCUGGAAAACAACUUUUCAUCGGUUGAGAAAUUAAGGAAUACACGUCCUCAAGGAAAUGCUGUUUCCCAAAGUAGACAGAUGGUACCGGAGGAUGAUGAUGAUGAUAGCUCUGAUGAUGGUGAUGAGCCAUCAAUGGGGAAAGAUGAAGCAGCUAGAUCAGAUGAUAUGGUGAUAGAUCAGCCAAAACCUUCCAAGCCUACCCCUGAUGCUGAUGGGUGGACUGUUGUGCCUCCUAGGCGUGGCCGAGGCAAGAAUUAAGCGCAGAAGCAAACCUUGGCGAGACAGCUCCCAGUUAGAGGCCGUUUUCUGUCUGAAGGUUUUAAUAUGUGAUUAGCAAAACCUUGGCGCAACUCCUACUUGUGCCGUUUUCGUCUAAAGGUUAUAAGUGUUCACUCUACUUUGUGUUGUCUGGAUUUUAUCAGGAAUGAUGUUUGUGUUAGCAUGUUAUCUUUUUCACUCUUGUUCGACAUGGCAACGAAAUACUCUAGUUGUAAACUAGGUAAAAAGUAUCUUUUAUGAGGUAUGCACACUUGAACUGAUGAUUAUCUUUGCCCUUGUAUUUGUGUGCUUUUGAAUUCA